AUGGAUUCUUUGCCUAUGCACCUGCUGGAAUUAGUUAUAGAAGGAUUAACGUCGUUCUCAGACUUUGUCCACUUCAGUGUCGUCUGCAAGUCAUGGUAUUUUGCAGCAAAAGAUCAUUACAACCGGCGAACUAUGUUAGUCUCGAGUUGUCAUCAUCCUCCUCCGAUGCUAAUGAUUUGCUCUGAUGAAGAAGAUACAUGGAACUUGUAUGACUUUAUGAAUAACAAGCUCCUUGGUAUGCAAGUAAAUGUACCUAGUAAGAGAUUUUGUGCGUCAAAAGGAUGGUUAAUAGCUAUGGAUAAGAACUUUGCAGUAACCUUAAUAAGGGUUAAAGGGAGAAGAGAGAAAGAAAAUUCAGUCAUUUAUCUUCCUCCAUUGACCAUUCCAGAGGGACGUGAAGCGAAAUGGUCUGCAGAUUGUGACAAGUAUGUCUUCAAGGCUAGUAUCUCAGCCGAUCCAAUAUUAAGUGUGAAUGAUUGCAUCGUGACCAUUAUAUAUCGAGGAUGGAAUCAACUGGCUUUUAUAAGACUUGGUAAGGACAACACAUGGAAUUAUAUAAGUGAAGAUAGGUGUAUUGGUACUCAUUUUGAAGAAGUUGUUCAUGCUGAAAAUAAAAUCUAUGCGGUUGAUUAUUUGUCCAAGCUCUGGACUAUUGAUAUUACUUCCCAGUGUCACGAAGAUGAUGUUAAAUUGGUGGCAGACGGUGGUAAACCAAGUGAUUACUAUGUUAAAAGUUAUUUAGUGGAUUCCAGUGGAGAGAAAGAAUUGUUGAUGGUUCGAAGAUAUUAUUAUCAUGGAGUAAACAAUAACAAACGUGUGACAAAAAAAUUCAAAGUGUACGAAUUGGAUUUCAACGGGUGUCGAUGGGUCGAGAAAAGAACCUUACGUGAUGUUGCUCUCUUUCUUGGGGAUAACUCUUCAAUAUCUGUGCCAGCUUCUAAGUUUCCAGGAUGUUUGCCUAAUUGCAUAUAUUUUACUCAUGAUGAUGAUGACGUAGGCCGUGAAUAUGAAUUUUUUCAUGAUUUUGGUGUUUAUGAUGUAAAAAAUAAGAGAUUUUUAUCAGUCGACACCACUCAUGCAGCAACGCUAGUGAAAAAGAGCAAACGACCAUCGAUAUGGGUUUUGCCAACAUUUCAGUUGUAA